AGUACAAAAAUUGUAUUCGAAAUUUUAAAAGGCAUCUUUAUUUUGCACGAGAAUAGCAAUAUUUUAUUAAGAAAAAUUAUAUAAAAUGGUUGUACGGAUUAUUAUUGCUGGAGAUUCUCAGUGUGUUAUAUUUGCGGAAGUAUGUUUAGUAGCUGAUCACCUUAUGAAAAAUUUGCCAAAUUUUUGUUAUGAACGCAUCGAAAAACCAGUAUUGGAAUGGAAUAUGUGGUUAUACAAAAUAAAUCAAAAACAUAAAUGGCAUCACAAAGGAUCCCCAUUAAUUUGGAAGGAAUUAUUAUGUAAAGGUAGCAAGCCCUAUUAUAUUGGUGGAGCUUCAGAAUUUUUGGAGUACUGUCAUUCGUAUUAUAAAUUUGAUGUUUUUCUUGCUUCCGAAAAAUUUGAAGGAUUAAUAAAAAAUUAUAAACAGUAUCAGAAAAAAAUUAAAUGCGAUACACAAAGUGUCUGUUAUAUUUCGGACUCAAAAGAGGAAAUUAUAGAAAAGUCGCCUAAAACAAACUUUGUUGUGUGUAUAUCAGGGGCUGGAUAUCCCUUAACUAUGCAUUUAAUAUCAGGGUUAUUAGAUAUGACACACGGAGAAAAAACUAUUUCUAAAAUAUACAUCCAUGACAAAGAAAGGAAAGGAAGCAUGGAAUUCAUAGAGCAAGAAUGUAGUUACAUCGGUACUAAUUAUCCUGGAAAAGUAGUGAAAUUCAUAGAAAAAAUUGGUGUAGCAUUAACGCAUUCGGAUUUAUUCAUAAUUUUAGAUCAUGUGCCUUUUGACCCGGAAGCAUCCAUUGGGGACUGGAUUCAUGCUAAUAAAAAAAUAAUGCAGAAGAUAGCCUUAAAAAUAAAUGCUUCUGCUUCACGAAAAAUUUAUAUCCUACUUCCUAAUUUAGGACCGGCUUGUUAUAAUGCCACAGUUUUAAUGAAUUCGGUAACCGACAUCAAUAAAAAUAAUAUUGUUGUGGCUACAUCCGAUCUUGGAUUAGAAAUUUCACCAAUCGUUGCGGAGAUAACUGAAGUGUCCUUAAGAACAAUGUUUUGCCCUCCUGUUUGGGGCUUUGUCGGCAUCAACCAUUUAGUAGAUAUUAGGACUACUAUACAUAAAUAUAAUACUUUUACACCCUAUGAUAGAUAUAUAAAAGUAAAAAAAUCUACUUUGAAUAUCGGAACACUUACACCAGAAAUGCGUACAAUGGAAUAUUUACUUUAUUUUGAUAAAUCUUUAUGGACAAAAGUCGCUAUUAAUAAGGCAAAAACGACGAAAACUCAAUCUAUAAAUAAAGCCAUAUCCGUUUUGAAUGUAAUCAAGUUAUGGUUGUUCAACAGCGACCAUACUAAUACAAUUAACUUAGGUAUCCGUUGUAACGGGUCAUUUGGAUUAACAUUUAAUGGUGCAUUUUCACAACCUGCUCACUUUGUAGAUGGCGAAUGGACUCCAGCAGCUGAUUAUAUGUUACCUAGAGAUCCGGAAAUGAAUAUACAAUAUUUACAGCAAAUGGCUGAAAUCGUGAUGAAUUUGAAUAAAAUGGAAUUACCUAAAUUUAUUCCUUAUUAUUAAUAUCCAUGCAAACAAAAAUAUUUAAAAAAAGUUUGGUAAUGUUUUUUAAUAUUUAUUAGAGUCGAUUGUUUUUAAGCUAAAUCGAUUCACUUGUUUCGAUAGUCAUCCAUUUCUGAACGCUGCUCAUAACA